UCUUGACAGCUGGGACACGAGACUGCUCUCCGACCACCUCUGGGAGUGCUGCCCUGCUCUGGGGACUGUGACUCCAGCCAUGAGGACCCUCGCCUUCCUCGCUGCCAGUCUCCUGCUGGUCCUGCUGGCGCAGGCUGAGCCUCUCCAGGGAAGAGCUGACCAGGCUGAGCCUGAGAUGCAGGGCGUGGAAGAGGACCAGGCUGCAGUCAUCUCCUGGGAAGAAAGGCCUGCUCUGCAAGAUGGAGGGGUGUGGAGAAGUGACGAGUGCACGUGCCGACGGCCGGCCUGCGAGUCCGGAGAGAAUCCGUCAGGAUUCUGCAACAUCAACAACGUCUACUUCCAGUUGUGCUGCACCUGAGUAUCCUCCACCGUGAAAAAUGCUUUUAAAAAUUGUCCCUAAAAGGGAAGAGCUUUGCCCCUGAGCUGUGUCCUUAACUUUCCUUCUGGCUCUCAAAUAAAUCCCUUCCUG